AUGCUGGAGGCGCUGCCGCGGCUGCCGCGGCUUGCGGUGCUGCGGGUGCCGUUGGUUGAGGACAUUACAGCGGCGCCCCUCGGCGCAUGCCCGGCGCUGCGGGAGCUUGAGGUAGUGGUGCACGGCGGGCACGGCACCCUGGGGGACGCACUGCUGCGCGUGGGAGUGGCGCCGGGCGUGAGGCGGCUGCGGGGCGUCGGCGACGGGGGAGAAGACUGGUGUGGCUUGAUGGAGAUGAUGGGCGACGACUGGGAGGCGAUUGCCCAUGCCUUUCCAGGCCUGGAAUCUCUCGACCUUCCAGAAUGGAGCUUAUCCCUCAAAAACGACUGCGCCGCCGCGCUGCCCGCGUUGCGGAGCCUUCGCAUCGCCUGCAGCCAGGACCCGCCGGGCAUGCCCGCCGUCGCUUGGCUGAAGCGGGUGGCGCCAGCGCUGGAGGUGCUGCAUUUGACGCACGAAGAGUAUUCGGUGGGCGACGGCGCCGGCUGCUGGCAGGACCACCCUUCGCUUCGCGAGCUGGAGCUGGUGAACGUGCUUUAUUACUUCAGCUCGACAACGCGAUACGAUGCGUCCGACCUCCGCGGCAACGCCGACUGCUGCGGCCCCUCGUUUGACGAAGACGCGGCCUGCGGCGCCGCCGUCCAGAGCCCCCCCGCGCACGGCUGCGCCCCGCCGAGGCGCGGGGCUGUGACGUACCUCGGCCCGCCGGGCGUGCGGCUGCCAGCGCUGCGGUCGCUGUGUGUGAGCCUGACGUGCGACUCGACCCCCCAUCGCGCCGACCUGGCGGCCGGCCCCGCCGCCCUGCGCGGCUGGGCGGCGGCCUGGACGCACCUGCGGGCGCUGCACCUUGGCGGCGGCGCGUGGUUCGACGUCGGCGGCGCCCUGCCCGUCCUUGCAGAGCGCCUGGGGCCUCACCUGGCGCACCUCUCCCUUGACCCCUGCGCGUUCAUCGCCGGCGCGUCGGACUUUGAAUUGCUGCCGGACUGUCUGCGUACGUGCAUGCCAAGGUUUGUGGCCCUGGAGGAGCUUGACCUGAAGCUGUGCGAAUCUGCGGGUGUGAUCAUGUACAACAAGAAUGAUGCGUCCAGCCGCGAAGCCCCGCUGGCGCUGACCCCCGCCCUGCUAACGGGCCUGGCGGCGCCGCUGGCGGGCGCGCUGCGGCCGCCGCGGCUACGCAACGCGAGGCUGCGGCUGCCUUCGUUUGAGGCCGUUGAUGGCGGUGGCAGCCGCCGCGGCCGUCCGGCAGGGCCCUGGGCGGAGGCGCUGGUGCGCCAGCUGACGCGGCCGGGGCUGUGCAUCGAGCUUUAUGCUUGCUCUGAGAAGUGGCUGAUGGAGGAGCCUGCAGCACGCGCCGCAGCAAUGCCGCGCCUGCAGAUGAAGGCAUUUUUCCUCCCCAAACUGUGGUUCCGCGGUGACAUGGGGCUCAGGGCAAGGCGUUACACCAGGGCUGUCCUUUACACGUUCAACCUGCACACGCUGGCGUUGCUGGCGCUGGCGUGCCUGUCCGUGCACGUGUGCAACCGCCUGCACUUCACGUUCAACAUGGACUUUUCGCUCUGCGCCCUGGGCUCCACGUUCCCGCUGGUUUUCGCGAUCCAGUCGGCAUUUGGCCGCCGCGAGCGCGCGCUGUCCACCAUCGCCCAGUUCAAGGCCAGCGCGGUGGGGCUCUACUACAUGCACAGGGACUGGACACAGGACUGCGACUACCCGGCCUCUAUGGGAAACAACUUCACGCCCGCCGCCCGCGCCUGCCGCCUGCUGCUGGCCGACCUGUGCCGCGCCGUGCGCGAGUUCCUCACCGCCCACUCCCACUACGAGUCCUCCGCGGAGGCGCGAUUCGACGCGGCGCGGCGUCAGGAGGGCGAGUUCGGGUACGACGGCUCUAUUGGAGCGGCCAGCGAGGUGUCGUUUGCCGAGAUCGUCGCGGAGCAGCGGAGAAAGGACCCCGGCGCCGAGGCGCUGCGGCGGUGCUACGCGGCGUUCAGCCGCAUGAGCGUGCUCAACGAGAAGCUGACCGUGCGGUCCGGCUACACCAGGGGCGGGGAGGGCGGCCUGAGCCGCACCAACCAGUACCUGCGGUACAUGAUUGCGGGCGUGGAGGAGCUGCGCAUGCUGCGCGAAUACAGAACGCCCAUCAUGAUGAGAUACGCGAACGGUGUGCUGGUGCACGUCUUCAGCCUGUGCCUGGGGCCGUUCUUCGCGCACUACUGCAGCACGCAGCCCAGCCCCUUGGCGCCCUGCGCCGCCGGCUACAUGGUCGCGGGCGUGUACGUAGUCAUCGUGAUGCUGCUCUACAAUAUCGCUGUUGAUCUGGAGCAGCCGUUUGACGCCAUUGGGCUCGAUGACGUCUGGUGGACAAUGGAAGAGGAGGUGGUGGAGCACACAGUGGACGCCGCAUUCCUGCCCGGCACCGCCGCCCUGAUGGGCACACGCCUGCCAUCCAUGGACGACGUGGCAGGCGCCAUGCACCCCCCAGGCAGCCCCGGCGGCGGCGGGGGCGGCGGCUAUGUUGCAUCGCGGCUGUGGGCCGAGGCGCACGCGGCGGGGCAUGGCGGCGGCGCGGGGUCGCCCGCGAUGGCGGCGUCGAGAGUGGGGUCCGUGGACAAGCUGAGCUGCUUGGGCGACAAGGUGCCUGCUUGGCCGCUCAGCGGCGCUGUGGCAAGCAGCCCGCAGAUCCGCGCCCACCGGCCGCCGGUACAGCAACAGCAGCAGCACACGCCGUUCAGCGGCGCCGACGGCGGCGCCGCGCCGGCGGUUUCGUCACCAAGGUUUUCGGUGCACCAGCAGCAGCGGUCGCUUGGUGGGGAUGCACGGGGGAUAGAGCUGUCAUUUAGCGGCCCAGGCGGCUUUCAGCAUGUCGUGGUCGGGCCGGCGGGCAGCAUGCGGGUGCGGGGGGCGUCCCUUGGGACCGAGGAGGAAGUGGCCAAGGAGGAUGCGGCAGCCGCGCAGGCCGAGGCGGAUGCACAGGCGGCGGCCGAGGCCGAGGAUGCGGGGCGGCCGCUCAUGGGCGGCUCUGGUGGGAGUGGCAGGCCCGGGUCGUCGGCGGGCGUCAAGGCGCGCAGCUCGCUGCGCACGUCGAAGAGCGACUGA